GAGGUGCUGGAGCAAAAUCGGGAGCUUACCGGAGAAUUCUUUGGGAUUGUUGGGGGCAUCUCCCCUCCGUUGCUGUGCGUGGCGUGACUCUCCCUUGAUCCUCCCUGCUUCCCCGAACCUGAGUUCUCGUCUUCAACCUUUCGUGGUGCAGCGGCCACCGCUCAAACCUCGGCCGGGAGAUCCGAAAUGUGAGGAGGGGCYGCUGCUGUCUCCUGCCCCGGGCCGCAGGGUCGGCGCGAGGGAUGCCAGUGCGGACGGCGGGCUGAGGGGCUCUGCCUGACAAACUGAGUUGGCCUCGUGCCGCGGGCGUCUACUCGCCUGCCCCUCCCGCGGCUGCGGCUUCGAGGGGACUCCCAAGUCUGUGCACCUCWGUCAGGCUUUCGCCUCCACCACCCCUUUCUCUCUGAUUCCCGAAUUUUUUUUUUUUCUACUAAGGGAGCGUGCAGUCAGGGGGUGCGUGCGCGUGUGUGAAAAGACCUCUUUCGCCGAGCGGCGUGUGGGAAACUGCGGGAAAAUGUUGACUUAACCCCUGGAGCCGCCCGGCGCUGGCUGCUUGGCUGGAGGCGGCAGCGGCGGCCGAGCAGGAGGACCCGCCGAGCCGUGGGGCCGUGUCCGGCCGGCAAGCCGCGGCGCUGCCUCCCGCGCGGACUCCGCAGCCGGCGACCCGCUCGCGGAGGGCUUCGGCCUUCUCCAGCCACCCGGCUGCUGCCCUCUGCGCCUCUCCCUUCGCGCGGCCCCCGUGCCAGACGGCCCUCCCCGGGGGCACGCUCUCAGACCGAGAUAUGAGGAUCAAUGAUGCAGACUGCUGGGUUCGAUGAAGCUGGGCAUUUAUAACUAGAUUCAUUAAGGAAUACAAAGAAAUAUCUAAAGGGAUCAAUAAUGGUGUCUUCUGGUUGCAGAAUGCGAAGUCUGUGGUUUAUCAUUAUAAUCAGCUUCUUACCGAAUACAGAAGGUUUCAGCAGAGCAGCUUUACCAUUUGGGUUAGUCAGGCGAGAAUUGUCCUGUGAAGGUUAUUCCAUAGAUCUGCGCUGUCCGGGCAGUGAUGUCAUCAUGAUCGAGAGCGCUAACUACGGUAGGACAGAUGACAAGAUUUGUGAUGCGGACCCAUUUCAGAUGGAGAAUACAGACUGCUACCUCCCAGAUGCCUUCAAAAUCAUGACUCAAAGGUGCAACAAUCGAACACAAUGUAUAGUAGUUACUGGGUCAGAUGUAUUUCCUGAUCCAUGUCCUGGGACAUACAAAUAUCUUGAAGUCCAAUAUGAAUGUGUUCCUUACAAAGUGGAGCAAAAAGUUUUUGUGUGCCCUGGGACCUUGAAAGCAAUUGUGGACUCCCCAUGUAUAUAUGAAGCUGAACAAAAGGCAGGUGCUUGGUGCAAGGACCCUCUUCAGGCUGCAGAUAAAAUUUAUUUCAUGCCCUGGACUCCCUACCGCACUGAUACUUUAAUAGAGUAUGCUUCUUUAGAAGAUUUCCAAAACAGUCGCCAAACAACAACAUAUAAACUUCCAAAUCGAGUAGAUGGUACUGGAUUUGUGGUAUAUGAUGGUGCUGUCUUCUUUAACAAAGAAAGAACAAGGAAUAUUGUGAAAUUUGACUUGAGGACUAGAAUUAAGAGCGGAGAGGCCAUAAUUAACUAUGCCAACUACCAUGAUACCUCUCCAUACCGAUGGGGAGGAAAGACGGAUAUCGACCUAGCAGUUGAUGAGAAUGGCUUGUGGGUCAUUUAUGCCACUGAACAGAACAAUGGAAUGAUAGUCAUUAGUCAGCUGAAUCCAUACACUCUUCGAUUUGAAGCAACCUGGGAGACUGUAUAUGACAAACGUGCCGCAUCAAAUGCUUUUAUGAUAUGUGGAGUCCUUUAUGUGGUCAGGUCAGUUUAUCAAGACAAUGAAAGUGAAACAGGCAAGAAUGCAAUCGAUUACAUCUACAACACCCGAUUAAACCGAGGAGAAUAUGUAGAUGUUCCCUUUCCCAACCAGUACCAGUACAUUGCUGCGGUGGAUUACAAUCCAAGAGACAACCAACUCUACGUGUGGAACAAUAACUUUAUUUUACGAUACUCUCUGGAGUUUGGUCCACCUGAUCCUGCCCAAGUGCCUACCACAGCUGUGACAAUAACUUCUUCAGCUGAGCUGUUCAAAACCACAGUAUCAACCACAAGCACUACUUCACAGAAAGGCCCCAUGAGCACAACUGUAGCUGGAUCCCAGGAAGGAAGCAAGGGAACAAAACCACCUCCAGCAGUUUCUACAACCAAAAUUCCUCCUGUAACAAAUAUUUUUCCCCUGCCAGAGAGAUUCUGCGAAGCAUUAGACGCGAGGGGGAUAAAGUGGCCUCAGACACAAAGGGGAAUGAUGGUUGAGCGGCCGUGUCCCAAGGGAACAAGAGGAACUGCUUCAUAUCUCUGCAUGGUUUCCACUGGAACAUGGAACCCUAAGGGCCCCGAUCUUAGCAACUGUACCUCACACUGGGUAAAUCAGCUGGCUCAGAAGAUCAGAAGUGGAGAAAAUGCUGCUAGUCUUGCCAAUGAACUGGCUAAACAUACCAAAGGGCCAGUGUUUGCAGGGGAUGUGAGUUCUUCAGUGAGAUUGAUGGAGCAGUUGGUGGACAUCCUUGAUGCACAGCUGCAAGAACUGAAACCUAGUGAAAAGGAUUCAGCUGGACGGAGUUAUAACAAGCUCCAAAAACGAGAGAAGACAUGCAGGGCUUACCUUAAGGCAAUUGUUGACACAGUGGACAACCUUCUGAGACCUGAAGCUUUGGAAUCCUGGAAACACAUGAACUCCUCUGAACAAGCACACACUGCAACAAUGUUACUGGACACAUUGGAAGAAGGUGCUUUUGUCCUAGCUGACAAUCUCUUGGAACCAACCAGGGUCUCCAUGCCCACAGAAAACAUUGUUCUGGAGGUUGCAGUCCUCAGUACAGAAGGCCAGGUCCAGGACUUUAAGUUUCCUCUGGGCAUCAAGGGAGCAGGCAGCUCAAUCCAACUCUCUGCCAAUACUGUCAAACAAAACAGCAGGAAUGGGCUUGCAAAGUUGGUGUUCAUCAUUUACCGGAGUCUGGGACAGUUCCUUAGUACAGAGAAUGCAACCAUAAAACUGGGUGCGGACUUUAUUGGYCGUAAUAGCACCAUCGCAGUGAACUCUCACGUCAUUUCAGUUUCAAUCAAUAAGGAGUCCAGCCGUGUGUACCUGACUGAUCCUGUGCUUUUUACCCUACCACACAUUGAUCCUGACAAUUAUUUCAAUGCAAACUGCUCCUUCUGGAACUACUCAGAGAGAACUAUGAUGGGAUAUUGGUCUACCCAGGGCUGCAAGCUGGUUGACACUAAUAAAACUCGUACAACGUGUGCAUGUAGCCACCUAACCAAUUUUGCCAUUCUCAUGGCCCACAGGAAAAUUGCAUAUAAAGAUGGAGUUCAUGAAUUACUUCUCACAGUCAUCACCUGGGUGGGAAUUGUCGUUUCCCUUGUAUGCCUGGCUAUCUGCAUCUUCACCUUCUGUUUUUUCCGUGGUCUACAGAGUGACCGUAAUACUAUUCACAAGAACCUUUGUAUCAACCUUUUCAUUGCUGAGUUUAUUUUUCUAAUUGGMAUUGAUAAGACAAAAUAUACGAUUGCAUGCCCAAUAUUUGCAGGACUUCUACACUUUUUCUUUUUGGCAGCUUUUGCUUGGAUGUGCCUAGAAGGUGUGCAGCUCUAUUUAAUGUUAGUUGAAGUUUUCGAAAGUGAAUAUUCAAGGAAGAAAUAUUAUUAUGUUGCUGGUUACUUGUUUCCUGCCACAGUGGUUGGAGUUUCAGCCGCUAUUGACUAUAAGAGCUAUGGAACAGUAAAAGCUUGCUGGCUUCGUGUUGACAACUAUUUUAUUUGGAGUUUCAUUGGACCUGUCACCUUCAUUAUUCUGUUAAAUAUCAUCUUCCUGGUGAUCACAUUGUGCAAAAUGGUGAAGCAUUCAAACACUUUGAAACCAGAUUCUAGCAGGUUAGAAAACAUUAAUAAUUACCGUGUUUGUGAUGGCUACUAUAAUACGGACUUACCUGGGUCUUGGGUGCUUGGUGCUUUUGCUCUGCUGUGUCUUCUUGGCCUCACCUGGUCAUUUGGGUUGCUUUUUAUUAAUGAGGAGACUGUUGUGAUGGCGUAUCUCUUCACCAUCUCUAAUGCUUUCCAGGGAGUGUUCAUUUUCAUCUUUCACUGUGCUCUCCAGARGAAAGUACGAAAAGAAUAUGGCAAGUGCUUCAGACACUCAUAUUGCUGUGGUGGACUCCCAACUGAGAGCCCCCACAGUUCUGUGAAGGCAUCAACCACCAGAACCAGUGCUCGGUAUUCCUCUGGCACACAGAGUCGUAUAAGAAGGAUGUGGAAUGACACUGUGAGAAAACAAUCUGAAUCUUCUUUUAUCUCAGGUGACAUCAAUAGCACUUCAACACUUAAUCAAGGACAUUCACUGAACAAUGCCAGGGAUACAAGUGCCAUGGAUACUCUACCGCUAAAUGGUAAUUUCAACAACAGCUACUCACUGCGCAAGGGGGACUACAACGACAGUGUGCAAGUUGUGGACUGUGGACUAAGUCUGAAUGAUACCGCUUUUGAAAAAAUGAUCAUUUCAGAAUUAGUGCACAACAAUCUUCGGGGCAGCAGCAAGACUCACAACCUCGAGCUCACACUCCCGGUCAAGCCAGUGAUCGGAGGCAGCAGCAGCGAAGAUGAUGCUAUCGUGGCAGAUGCUUCAUCUUUAAUGCACGGCGACAACCCAGGGCUAGAGCUCCAUCACAAAGAACUCGAGGCCCCACUUAUUCCUCAGCGGACUCACUCCCUUCUCUACCAACCCCAGAAGAAAGCGAAACCCGAGGGAACUGACAGCUAUGUCUCGCAGCUGACCGCGGAGGCGGAGGAUCACCUGCAGUCCCCCAACAGAGACUCUCUGUACACAAGCAUGCCCAACCUUAGAGACUCACCCUAUCAGGAGAGCAGCCCCGACAUGGAAGAAGACCUCUCUCCCUCCAGGAGGAGUGAGAACGAGGACAUUUACUAUAAAAGCAUGCCAAAUCUCGGAGCUGGACGGCAGCUUCAGAUGUGCUACCAGAUCAGCAGGGGCAAUAGCGAUGGUUAUAUAAUCCCCAUUAACAAAGAAGGGUGUAUCCCGGAAGGGGAUGUUAGAGAAGGACAGAUGCAACUGGUAACAAGUCUUUAAUAGUACAGCUAAGGAAUUCCAAGGGCCACAUGCAAGUAUUAAUAAGUAAAAUAAAGACUCCUUUGGCCCUGUGCAGCUCUCCCUCCAAGUCUGCUUGAAGAGAUGACUCUGUUGACCUGUGGUUCUCCGGUGUAAAAAAAAAAAAAAAAAAAAAAA